CUCUUCUUCUUCUUCUUCUUUUUCUUCUUCCUCUUCCUCUUCUUCGUUAUCCAAUUUCACGAGCACCAUACUCAAAUGUCAAACCCCUACCCAAGCACUAGAGCUCUUCAAUAUUGCGUCAAAGCAAAUGGGCCCAAGAAAGAAUCUUCAGCUUUAUGCAGCGAUUACCCAUGUUUUAGUCAAUGCCCAACGGUAUGUUAAAUCCAGGUGCUUGAUAAAAGACCUCAUCCACGACCUUCAAAAGUUCUGCAACCCCAGCCGUGCUUGUCACUUGGUUUUCGAUGCACUUAACUGCUUGGAAAGCUCAAGGUUUUCUCCAGAUGUGUUUGGAGUGUUAAUUAUUGGGUUAUCCGAGAUGGGCCUUGUUGAAGAAGCCUUGUGGGUGUACCGCAACAUUGGGGUGUUGCCUGCAAUGCAGGCUUGUCAUGCGCUCUUGGAUGGGUUGGGGAAGACCGGUCAGCUCAAAUUGAUGUGGGAACUUUAUAAUGAAAUGAGUUCUCGUGGAUUGUCACCCAGUCUUGUUACAUAUGGCGUGUUAAUUUGUGUAUGUUGUAGAGAAGGCGAUAACUUGAAGGCCCGUAAAUUGUUUGAUGAAAUGGGUGAGAGAGGGAUUAAACCAACGGUUGUGAUCUUUACAUCUAUUAUUCGGGGUCUGUGCAAUGAGGGUAGAAUGGUGGAAGCGGAAAGUAUAUUUAAGAUGAUGGGGGAAGCUGGUGUGCUCCCAAAUCUGUGGACUUACAGUACUCUGAUGAAUGGGUAUUGCAAAUUGGCUAAUAUUAAGCAAGGCCUUAUCUUGUAUGGGAAGAUGCUAGGCGAUGGCUUGCAGCCAAAUGUUGUGAUAUGUAGUAUUUUAAUUGAUGCACUUUGCAAAUUAGGCCAACUGAGAGCUGCAAGGAGCGUUUUUGUAUAUAUGGUUAAGUUUGGCAUUGUUCCUAAUAUAUCUGUGUAUAAUGCUUUGAUUGAUGGGCACUGUAAGGUUCAACAAUUAUCUCAAGCUAUGGAUUUGAAAUCAGAGAUGGAAAAGUUUGGAAUUUUGCCGGAUGGCAUGACUUACAGCAUCCUAAUUAAAGGUCUGUGUACUGUUGGUGGAGUGGGAGAAGCACAUCACUUACUUCAAAAGAUGGAGAAAGAGGGGUUAAUUGCGGUUUCUGUGAUUUAUAAUUCACUAAUUGAUGGGUAUUGUAAAGAACACAAUAUAGGGAAGGCUUUGGAGGUGUGCUCUCAAAUGAUUCAAAUUGGUAUGGAACCCGAUGUCAUCACCUUCAGUACUUUGAUUGAUGCAUAUUGCAAGAUGGGGAACAUGGAAGCUGCUAUGGACUUGUACUCACUGGUGAGUAAAAGCCUUGUGCCUGAUAUAGUAACUUACACAACUUUGAUCGAUGGGCAUUUUAAAGUUGGUAAUGUGAAGGAGGCUCAUCGGCUGCAUCAGGAGAUGCUGGAGGCAGGCCUCACCCCGAAUGCUGUUACUGUUAGUUGCUUGAUUGAUGGCCUGUGUAAAAAUGGAAGGACUUCUGGUGCAAUCGAACUUUUUCUGGAGAAAACUAAAGCUGGCCCCUCUAUAUAUUCCCCAAAUCACAUAACUUAUACAGCUUUAAUUCAUGGUUUGUGUGAAGAAGGCCAAAUUUUCAAGGCAACCAAGUUCUUUUUGGAAAUGAGAUGCUAUGGUUUGAGACCAGAUGCAUUAACUUACGUUGUCAUGUUAAAUGGGCACUUCAAAGCCAAGCAUAUGAUUGGCGUGAUGAUGCUGCAUGCAGAUAUGAUAAAGAUGGGUAUGAUGCCCAGUGCACGCAUAUGUGCAGUCUUAGCUAGUGGUUAUCGAGAAAGUGGUGACCUAAAAUCAGCUCAGGCAUUGUGAGGAGGAUAAAAUGGAAUUAGGUUGGUUCUUGGUCGUAAGAGGCUACAGUUUGGAAUAGAAUUAAGGUCUCUAUAUCGGGUUCAUGCUGUGUUAUUGGCUUAAGUAACAGACAAGUUGGAUUAACAUUACGUCUUCUCUACUGAGAGGUAAAAGACUAACCUAUUUGUUGAAUAGUGCAAUGCUUACUAUUGUGAACGGGUUUUAAAGCCUGCAAAUACACUCGGAUGCUCAUGGUCAUUGUCAAAACAUUCCUGAUUCGAGUUAGGCCAAUCUUGUUCGACAGUUUCUAUUGCUUACAUAAACUAGCUCUGUUGGUUUGGUUCAUAUUUGUAUUGCAAUUUGUUAAAGUUGUCACAGAGCAGAAGUUAGUGUAGCAGCAAACUUGGAUAAUGUGAAGUUCAUAAAAUCAUGUUAUUUUUUUAUUUGGUCGAAUGAGGUGAUAUUAUUAAGGUUUGAAAUCCUCAAGAUAUUAGAAGAAGGGAAUGUUGCUUCUCGCAUGGAAUUCUCACAGCAACUUUCUCAGUGUGUGAUCAGUCCAGGGCAAGCCUAUUUGAAUUUCCACUCCAUAAAGCCUUGUCUUAAAUGUUUUGGUUACUUUGAAACGGAUAAUGAGAUUCCUGGAAAGGUUUCCUUUUAUCCAAACAAGGGUGGCAAAGCCUUCUUUCCCAUUUCAUAUGACUGAAUGUUUUGCUGAGCAUGUGACUGAAAUUUUUUUGCUGGAUGAAAUCAUGGAUGUGCUUGAUAUUUUGUCAGUUGGUAAAGGAUGUGAUGGCUACAAUAUACUCAUGUAUGAUACUGUGAGAUAAAUUUUAUGGUAUAGCAUGUGCAGCAAGAAAUCUUGGGCAAGGAUAA